UAAAAAUUACUUAUUAACAUUCAGCCUGAGUGCUUCCUAUUGCUGAACUAAUGGAAAAGAGUAACGGAAGGGAACUCAGCAUUGACAAAGUGUUCUAGGUGAUCAUGGUUAAACGAGUGGCUAUAGUUGGGGCUGGCUGCAGUGGACUGACGGCAAUUAAAUGCUGCCUGGAAGAAGGUUUGGAGCCCACAUGCUUUGAAAGAAGUGAAGACAUUGGUGGACUCUGGAGGUUCACAAAUAACACUGAAGAAGGAAGGGGAAGUAUAUAUAAGUCUGUGGUCACUAAUACUUCCAAGGAGAUGAUGUGCUUCAGCGACUUCCCUAUGCCGGAGGAAUUUCCCACAUAUCUGCACCAUUCAAAGGUCUUAGAAUACCUUCACCUAUAUGUAGAACAUUUCAGUCUGAUAAAAUACAUCCAUUUCCAGACUGAAGUCUGUAGUGUGAGGAAACAUCCAGAUUUUAAUUCCACUGGACUAUGGGAUGUAGUAACACAAAAACAAGGAGAAAAGACAGUGGCCAUUUUUGAUGCUGUACUGAUCUGCAAUGGGCAUUUUACUGACCCUUGUUUGCCAUUUGAAUGUUUUCCAGGAAUAAAUAAUUUCAAGGGAAGCAUCAUCCACAGCAGAACUUAUAAGACCCCUGACAGUUAUAAUGGGAAGACAGUACUUGUGGUGGGAAUAGGGAACUCAGCUGCAGAUCUUGCUGUGGAACUUGCCCAUAUUGCAAAACAGGUUUUUCUCAGCACCCGGGAAGGCUCUUGGGUUCUCAGCAGGAUCUCGCACAAUGGUUUUCCUGUAGACAUGGUACUAUCCAGGCGCUUUACUCUCUUGGGUGUACAUUUACUCCCUAAGAAACUUGCAGCCAUGCUUAAUGAGAAAUUAAUGAGCAGAUGGUUUAACCAUGCCAACUAUGGUUUAGAGCCAAAGAACAGGAUGAAGAUUCCUAUUGUGAAUGAUUAUCUUCCAAGCCAAAUCCUACAAGGAGCAAUAAAAGUCAAGCCUAACAUUAAGGAAUUCACUGAAACCUCUGCCAUAUUUGAAGAUGGGACAGUAGUAGACAAUUUGGAUGCUGUUAUUUUUGCCACAGGGUACAAUAUGACUUUCCCCUUUCUUAAUGACUUUUCCUUAGAGAUGGAUGAAAGCAAUGCACCUUUGUAUAAAAAUGUCUUUCCAGUCCAGGUGGAGAAACCAACAAUAGCCUUCUUGGGACUUAUCCAACCUCUUGGCCCUAUCAUGCCAACUGUGGAGCUGCAAGCUCGAUGGGCCACAAGGGUAUUCAAAGGUGAAGCUCAUCUGCCUCCAAAAAGAAAAAUGGAAAAAUAUAUUAUAAGAUCAAUGAAAACAAAGAGCAAAUGGUUUGGAAUUACCAAAAGCCUGUCCCUGCAAACACAUUAUAUUGACUACGUCAAUGAGUUGUCUGUGGAAAUUGGAAAUUGCCCAAACCUUAUGUACCUUUUCCUCACAGAUCCUAAAUUAGCCUGGGAAGUGGCGUUUGGUCCGUGCACACCUUUCCAGCACCGUCUGUCUGGCCCUGGCAAAUGGCAAGGAGCAAGAAAAGCAAUUCUCACCCAGUGGGAAAGAACACUGAAGCCAAAUAGGACACGCAUUGUACAGAAAAAUCAGGAUGCCAUGCAGAGAUUACCCUAUAAUUUGAUUUUAAUCUUGAGUGCUAUUAUUGUGGGUAUCUGGUUUCGUUCAUAGUAUAUCCCAUCAACAAAUUAAUUUUAGGCUUAUCGGUGUCCUGUGCUGAUAUAAAUUUUACUGUAGCAAUGUCUCUUAUUCACAGCCUUUAGCUAGGCAUUUGCUUUGUGUUCUUUGGUGUUUAUCCCAUACCAGGACAAUAAUGGAAAAUAUUUCUCUAUGUAAGCCAAAAAAAAUUUUGUAAUGUAAAAAAAAA